AUGAUAGAAUUCCGCAAAAUUCGCGAGCAGUUUGAGUUCUUCGAAUGUUGCCGCGACCCAGAAGUGGCAUCGGAAAUUACAGUUCAGCCAGUAAGGCGUUACGACAGGCUCUUGGAUGCCGCUGUGAUCUUCUCUGACAUUCUCGUCGUGCCACAGGCUAUGGGAAUGGAGGUUGAGAUGGUGCCGGGCAAAGGCCCAACGUUUUUGCAUCCGUUGGAAUCACCCAAGGAUAUGGCGCGUUUAAAGAAGGUGGAUAUUCAGAAAGAUCUAGGCUAUGUGCUUGACGCGAUUCGUUUGACUCGAACCAAACUCGCUGGUCGCGUGCCUGUGAUUGGCUUCUGUGGUGCACCAUGGACGCUGAUGGCGUACAUGAUCGAAGGCGGUGGCUCGAAGACGUGGGAGAAGGCGAAACGCUGGCUCUUUGACUAUCCCGAGGAAAGCAAGGCUUUACUCGAUCGCAUUGCGGACGUAUGCGCUAGUUUCCUCGUUGCCCAGAUUCUUGCUGGUGCGCAGCUUGUUCAAGUAUUCGAUUCAUGGGCUGGCGAGCUGACGCCUUAUGAUUUCCGCACGUUUGCUUUGCCCUAUCUUCGAAACAUCGCUGUCGACGUGAAGGACAACCUAGCGCUCAAGUCCGUGGAGCCACCGCCCAUGAUUGUGUAUGCAAGAGGUGCGGUGAAUCAUUCGCUUGUGGAAAUUAGCCGCUCGGGCUAUGAUGUCGUUGGUAUUGAUCAUACCGUCGAGCCAGCUUGGGCACGCCAGUGUCUCGCGCAGGCUCAAUCCAGCAAUCGGAAAUUUUCUGAAGUGGAAGUAAACAAAGGUGCGCAGCAUCGGAUUGCUAUUCAGGGCAAUUUGGACCCAGCUAUUCUGUAUGCCCGACCAGAAGUGAUCCAGGACCGCGUUCGUCGUAUGUUUCAGACUAAGACGGGCGGCUUUGGGGGCCAAGGUGCACUUAUUUGCAAUUUGGGACAAGGCAUCACGCCCGGUGUGGAUCCAGACCAUCUCCGGGUGUUCCUGGAAGCUGUGCAUAGGGUGAGCAAAGAGAUGGCGGACAACAAUGACGACUAG